AUGUCAGAAGGCAAAACAACCACCGAUUUUGACGACGAGGAUGAAUAUCUCUACGGCACCGAAGAACCUUCCGCCCCUCCGCAACCGGAUACCAAAGAAGAAAUCGUAAUUGAGAAAGGGACCGAUGAUGACAUAUAUGGAUCCGAAUUCAAAGACGAAAAUAAUUUGAAUCAAAUUGAUCAGGUUGAAGACAUAAUACCUCUGGAAGAUAACCUACCUAGUAGUGCAGAGAAACUUCCACAGGUGGAACUGACCGACGAAAUAGAAGAGACAAAGGAAGCACUCCCACUGAAUGCAGGCAGGGUCGGAAAUCAGAGACACGGUGAGAAAAACGUAUGCAGUAAUGAACAGUCGGUAUCGCCACAAAGCAGUUUUGUCGAUCUAACGCCGUAUGCUUUUUUAGACGGUGGUCAACAAACAGGAGCGACUCGGACACCUGGAAUAGAUCUCAAUGCUGUUGGAACUAUCGAUGGGACUAGUGUCUAUGAUGUCGAUCUCGAUUCGUUUGAAGAUAAACCGUGGCGCAAGCCUGGUGCUGAUAUCACGGAUUAUUUUAAUUACGGAUUCAAUGAACAUACGUGGCGAGCCUACUGUGCAAAACAGAAGCAGAUGCGCGAAGAACAGCAUUUACGAAAAAGAAUCAAUGUCUAUGAAUCUAAACCAGACAUACCGGAUCUACCACCCGAGCUACAAUCGAUAAGUCAACCCUCGCAUGGUGGCGAUCACUCGCGAUUCUCAUCACAACGUCGAGGCCGACGAAAUCGAGAUCAAGAUGAUUCAGUCAUUCAAGUGGUAUCGAGCGAGAGAGAAGCUGCACUUGAAGAGAUGGAACCAAUUCCGCCGCCAAACUUGGAAGGAUCACAGACGGAUGAAUAUACAAUAGAAGAUAGCGAUUUUCCACAAAACUUUGCAGGUCACCCGCCGAUGGGAAUGAACAUGUUUGCACCAGAAAUGAGUGGCCCAAUGGGUGCUCCUAUGGGCGCUCCGCCACCUUACUUUAUGGGCAAUCCGGAUAUGCCUCCAACAGGUCCAAUGGGCUUUGAUCCAACAUUCCGUGGUGGCCAACCUUUACGCGGGAUGAUGCGUCCAGGUAUGCCAGUAGGAAUGCCAGGCAGAAUGCCACCGGGCAUGCCUGGCCCGAUGCCUGGAGGAAUGCCUGGAGUGCCUAAUAUGCCUAGAAAUAUGCCACCUGGUAUGCCCGGUGGUAUGCCUGGACCCAUGCAAGGAGGGAUGGUUGGGCGUGGUCGAGGAAUGCAAAUGGAGGAGAGACCUUUCUUCUCGAUGGAAGAUCAGCCAUCUUGGGAUAUGGAAACUCGCAGUGGUCCACAGUUCCGCCCAGGCUCGUUCCCCAACCGGCCUCCAACCGGUCCAAUGCACGGUCCCGGGGGCCAACGUGGUGAAUAUCACGAUUGGGAAAAUCAACCACCAGAUGCGCCGUUCUCUCACAGAAUGCGACCGCCAUUCCGGACUGGUGGACCACCUGAUGGAAGUCAUCAUCUACGCAGUGGCCGUGAUGCUUCGAUAGAUAGAUCUGGGUCAGAGAGGGAAGAAGAAAGAGAACGAAAUGAUCGAGAAAGUCGAGGCAGCGAGAGACAUGGAUAUGACAGUCGGGAGUCUAGAGAUCGGGAGAGUCGGUAUCCUUCGCGAUCGAGAGAUGAUGAUAGGUCAAGAAAGCGAAGUGGGACUUCUCGAGAUGAUGAUGACCACAGAUCCAAAAGACGGCAUUGA